GUGCCCUCUGCGGGGAGCAGCGGCUCCACGGUGCCCCCGACGCCGUCCACGCAUGCGGCCUUGCAGACGGCGCUGCCCGCCAGCACCGCGGCGAUCUUGCAGGCGCACGUGUCCUCCAUGAACGGCUGGAGUUCCGCGGCGCCUCCGACUCGGCCGCGGUCUCCGCAUGCCGUGGUGGCAGGAGCGCCUUUGGCGCUGCCCUCCACCUCUAUUCUGGCCGCGCAGGUGUCGCAGGCGCAGGCUGCGCAGGUAUCGCAGGCGCAGGCGGCCUUCCUUGGCAGCCAUGAUCCCGCGGCGCCUCCGACGCUGACCGCAGCGGUGGUUGCGGCUGCGCAGUCGACGGCGCCUGGCAGUGCCGUGGACGCGCAUGCCCUGGGCAGUCGUGAUUCCGCAGCACCGCUGGCGCCGCCUACUGAUACGAUGCCGGAGUUCAUCGGCGGCAGCUCGGCUCUGUCAGUGCAGGUGCCCGCGCACUCCGACGGGGGCUUGCCGCCCCACCUGACAGCCCAGCCGGUGCUAUCGAAGACCGGGGUGGACAGCGCUCCCACAGUAGCAGCUGGCCUUGCCCCGCAGCAGCCACCGCCGGCGGCUCUCGCGCCGCCGCUUGACAGCUCCUCCUUCGACAGCAGCGCGCCCAGCGGAGCAGGACUGCCGCUGGGCGCGGGGCAGCUCGAGCAGUCGCUGGCGGGCGCGCCGCCGCCUGGGACACCCAAGUCCGCCAGCGCCAGGUCCGCUGGCGCCAAGACCCCCAAUGCCAGCUCCACCGCUGGAUCGGCCGACGCCGAAUCCGCCGUCGCGGAGUCGGCCAGCGCCAAGUCCCCCAGCGCCCGCUUCGGUGGCGGCGGCUCUCGCGGCAAAGGCGGCCCGCCGAACGAAGCGGCGCGGCCCGGGGGCUCGUUGACGGCCCCGCUGCUGCCGAAGCAGGGCAGCACAGUGCUCCCUGGACCACCGACGGAGUCGUGGUGGACGGCGGCCUCGCAGCGUUCCGGAGGGUCGGCACCGCUUCGCUCACCGGUGAUCAGCACGAGGGGGAGGAAGCCCUGGCCGAAAUGA